AGUUUCGCCCACUUGCCAACCUUCCCUGCCACGCACAGCGACGAGCAUCCCUCAAUACCCACACCUACUUUCAAUUACCCCCCCAAUAGUCUCAAAGAACAAAAUGACUUCCGAGAACCUUUCGCCGAGAGUUAUCAAGAGGCUUUCUAAAGAAUUCGCGGAACUUCAAGGGCAACCACCAGAGGGUAUCAAGCUGAUUAUAAACACGGACAAUUUGACGGAUGUGCAGGCCUGGGUUGAAGGUCCUCAAGGCACACCAUACGAAGGAGGCUGCUUCCGCGUCAGGCUUUCCUUAUCCAGCGAGUUUCCAAACGUACCUCCACAAGGGACGUUCUUGACAAAGAUCUUUCAUCCGAAUGUUUCAAAGGCGGGAGAGAUUUGCGUAAACGUGUUGAAAAAGGAUUGGAAGAAGGAAUACGGGAUCGGACACAUUUUACUGACAAUCAAGUGUUUGCUGAUUGACCCAAACCCCGAGUCUGCCCUGAACGAAGAGGCGGGACGACUGCUCCUCGAAGAUUACAACUCUUACGCAAAGCACGCGAAACUCUACACAUCCAUUCACGGCACCAACAGCAAGAUCCAGUUCGGCACGACUUCAAGUUCAGCGCCGACCCUCGGAAAGCAAAACGCGCCCCCGCCGACACCAGUUACCAUAUCAAGCAAGCUCCCGGCCGUAUCACAAGAGAACUCGGGAAUCGCAUCAGGAACGGUACCUCCCGCCACAGGGGCACGCGACCCGGCCGCACCGGGAAGCGGAAUCGCAGGAUCAUGCACCCCUCCCGGAAGCCAAUUUGCCUGAGGCGGCGGAGGCGCAUCCGGUGGGGCUGGCGACGUCGGCAUUGCCACCGCCGAAGAAGCGGGUC